AUGCCGCCGGUCCUAGGAGGCGCGGCGAUGGCGGUACUUCCGGCGAGUCCGCAGCAGGCCGGGGCCCAGGGCGGCGCGGCCGGUGUCGCUGCUCAAACCCAACUGCUGCUCCAGGCCGCGCACCAGCAGCAGCAACAACAGCAACAACCGCCUCAACAUCAUCAACAUCCCCAGCAGCAUCAGCCGCCGCUACUUUACCAACCCUACAAUCUCGUGCAGACGAGUAAUGGGGUGAGCCUCGGGGCCCAUCAUCCGGGGCCCCAUCAUCACCAUGGUUUUCACCACGUGCACCAGCAGCAUCCCGCCCACCGAUACGUGGCACUUGGACAGCCCGGACAAGCUUACGCUAGGGAGCCCAGCGGUGCCUCGCCCAUACCCCUAGAGCGUCGGGAGGCGGAAGUGCGGGAGCUGGAGUCACGGGAGCGCGAGGCGAAGCUCGAACGCGAGAGGAUCGAGAAACAGAGAGCGGCCGAGCAGGCGGUACACAAGCACUUCGAGGAGUCUCUCAGGCUAGCCCAGCAAAAGGUGUCUUAUUCUCUUGUGCAGAGGAAUAUGCAGACGGCCUCGAUGGCGUGGAACAGCUUUAUCCCUCUGGCGCCACCGCCUGGGACCGGACGCACCCAUGCCCCUCUCCACCAUCAUCCGGGCGCGCCUGUAGGUUCGUCCGGACCACAGCAGCCGCAGCCGCAACCCCAACAGCCUCAGCAACAGCAGCAGCAAUCCCAAUCGCAGCCGCAACAACAGCAAAAGCAGCAGCAACAACACCAUGUCGCUCAGCAGCAGCGAGAACGCGAGCGCGAGCAGCGUGAUCGAGAGGAACGCGAGCACCGGGAACGAGAGCACCAGCUUGCCGCUCAGGUUGCUGCCGAGAGGUCACAGAGGGAGCAACAGGAGGCAAGCGAAUACGCGGCUCAGCAGAGUUUGGCCUACCUUCGAGCGGCUGCCGUUCCACAGUCCGCUCAACAGGUCAGUUGUCACUUGACGUUUUCAGCUGAAAGUGGCAAAAUUUCCCGACCGUCGAGCGUCCCAAACAAGGUCGAUUAUCCACCACCGCCGGCUCAUUCGCGCACCUCCAAGUCGACCUCGUCGUCGUCGUCGUCCUCCUCCUCGUCCUCCUCCUCCUCCUCCUCGUCUUCGUCGGUGGCGGCGGCUGCGGCUGUGUCGAUGUCCGUCUCGGCUCGGCACGAGCAGCAGCAGCAGCAGCAGCAGCAGCAGCAGCAGCAGCCACAGGUCGUGCAUCAGCCCCACCAAAGCCUGCCAAAGGCCGAGCCGAACGUGAGCCUUUUCGGCUACUCGAGCUAUCAGCCGAGCGGUGGUUUCGUCCACGACAUCAAGGUGAGCAAGUCGACGACGGGCCAGCAAUGCAAGCCGGGCGUCGUCGGUCUUGUCGACAGGGAUCACCACGUGUCAGCGAGGGGCGACGUACUGCCCAAUCCACCGCCUCUGCUCUCCGAUCACAAGAGCUCCGUCAUCGUGAAGAACGAGGUCAGCAGGGAUCAGCAUCCGAAGCAGUCGGUGGUCGCGCCCGCACACUCGCCCAGCCCCAAGAUGAUGUCUUACCUCAAUGUUCAGCCCGUCGCCGUGACGAGCUCGCAGCAUAAGUCGCCGUACGAGUGUCGCUCGCCGACGCAAAGUCCCCAUGGCCAUCAUCAUCACCACUUGCAGAACGACCUUGCGCAACAGUCCAAACCCGGAAGCCUUAUUGGCGCCAGCCCCCAGUCGGGACACCUCAGUCGACCGGGAAGCGCCCACCAUCCGACGAGCCUUCAGCAUCCGGCCGUUAACCGGCACUCGCCCCACGGCCAGCAGCCCCAACAGGCCCAGCAGCCCCAGCAGCAACAGCAGCAGCAGCAGCAGCAGCAGCAUCCGGUAUCCCAGGUGCCGCAUCCCUCGCCACCGGAACCGAGAUACCUGAGCAGGCCCGAGCCCCAGCUCGCCUAUCCCCCACAUCAAGCCAAAAGCCCUUACUCGGCCUACCCGCAUGGACAUCAUCCUCAUCAGCCUAGCGCAUCGCCUACCUCGCACUACGCUGCAUCGGCUGGAUCCAAACCCAAGGUAAGCAGUCCAGCACCGUCGCACAUCUACGGUAAGCCGAGCUCGGGAAUAAUGACGGGGACGCCGGUGUGUCGAGCCUCCGAUAGUGGUUCGGGCUCCUUGGGCUCCUCGUCUACGGCCUCCUUGGCUUCCUCGUCCUCGGCCUCCUUGUCCUCGGCUACGAGCUCGUCCUCGGUACCGCUGCCUCUCACCUCGAAAGCUGGAGGCGGCGCUGGACUCCCUGGUCACGGUGCCUCGUCAUUCCAGCCGAUCGGCCAUCAUCCGGGCUCGCACUUUGCCCAUUUGCCACCGCCGCCGGCUCACUCCAGUCGCAGCCCCUACGAUUCGAGGAGCUACGGUAGUCCUCUGGGAGCCUCCAAACUACCGCCUCCACCACCGUCGUUGCACUCCGCCCCUGGCAUUGGCAAGCUCUCUGCCAUCCAAAAUCGUGAGAGACGAUGCAAUGCUGAGCGCGAGGUCCUCUUGUCACUUUCCAGAAAACUGGCGUCCCCCAUGCACCUACUGCCCCCGAGCGCCGCCCUGGCGCCGAUCGCGAGGCCACCACCGGGAAUCGUACACCCGAUCGCUCACCAUCAGCACAGUCCCCAGCAGCUCGGGGCCGUGGGCGCCGGGCCCAAUAGCUUCCAGACGCAGCCCCUGGAUCUCGGCGUGGAGAGGUCCGGCUCGCCCAAGCGCAAGGCGAGCACACCCCAGAGCUGCGACCACGGACAGCAGCCCGUCUCCCUGGAGCUCGCCAAGAAGCGAAGGCUCGACGAAACGACGCAGAACCCCCAUCAGCAACAACUGUCGCAGCAUCAGCAGUCGCAUCAGCAGUCGCACCAACAGUCGCACCAGCAACAGCUGCUGCUGCAUCAGCAUCAGCAUCAGCAUCAUCAGCAGACGCAGCCGGCGGUGACGACCGUGCAGACUGCGACGGGCUCCCCGAUGCUCGCGAGAGUCAGCGAGCCGAGUCCGCUCAUCGCCUCGGCGGCCACCACCAUCACCACCGUCGUCAAUACGGCGCUGCUCGCGCAAUCCAACAGCCAAAGCCAGGUGAACGUUCCUUCGGUAUCCCCGGCGCCGCGGACGGCGAGCGGAGACGGCUCGGUACGGCCUUCAUCGGCCGGGAGCGUCGGAUCCCUACCCGGGAAUCCGGCGACUCAUGGCCCCGGCGCGACCACGGCCUCGCCGGCUCCGAGCCCAGCGCCACCCCCGAGCUCGACGACCCCGGUGAAGGCCGAUAGUCCGGCGCCGACACGACCGCCCAGCAGUAGCAGCUACCCCGUGCACAAGCUUAAGAAGGCCUGGCUUCAGCGACACUCGGGCGAGGACGGCACGGAGGACACGACGGGCAUCGUCGGCAGCGGCUCCUGCCUCACCCUGCCGCUUAAUAUCGCUACCAAUAAGCAGGCAAACGGCAAUGCUGGUGAGCCGAUAAUCGGGCUGCUUUAG